GAAGCCGACUGCAUCAAGGAGCAGACCUUGACGCAGGUAUUCGUCAACGAGCAGACCUUGAAGAAGAUAGAAGCCUGGUACCCUUCCCUGCUUGCGCCGCCGCUGAUCCUGGAUAUCGACGAGGACCACUUUGGCCAGAAAGCUUCUGCGAGUCUGCUACACGACAUGAAGAGGAGACUUCGAGACCCUCUAAGAGAUCUCUCUUGCCUGUUGAACGUCAGCGAAGUCCAUGUCAAUUACUGGAUGCGGCGGUAUGUCCUCGCCUGUCUGGCUCACCUGGGUGAAGAUGCACCGGAGCUUUUGAAGCUGUGCCCAUCCAGCAGCCUCGCCCAAGUCGGGGAGGGUUUGGCCGACCUACGUCCCCUGGAGCUCCAGCUACUGCUACUGUAUGGCUUCUGCUUCACCACUUCGCCGCGGUCGGUGUGGAGCAAUCGGGACGACCGAAG